AUGUUCAGUGAAUUGGGAGUCGUAAGGAAUGGAUUCACAUCAAUGAUCAUGCCACUUGUGACUUUCUCAUACAACCACAAGAAAAGGAAAGAUUUGAUGGUCACUCUGUGUAAUGAUGCUGGUACUCUCAAAUACACAUUUGAUUCUCACAGUGGUCGUGCGCCCCUUGAACCGUGCGUGAUUAGUGUGAAUGGCGUGCUGGUAGAUCUACGAUGUGUGAAUUAUCACGUAACAGCGAAAGGCGAUGUUAUGUUCAUGGGAAGCCCACGCAAUUCCUGCUCGGAUUACUAUACUCUUCAUCGUGGCAAAGUUGUGCUGAUCGAAGACAAGGAGGUGGAAGAUGGCUUCACCAGUGCUCAUGGAACUGGAUCAAUAAUAUCUGGCCUUCGUGUGUUUUUGCUGUUGCAGGAAUUCCAAGGAGCUCAUUUAGUCUCAUCGUUUGCAUGCUCGCAAGAUGGAAAAAAUUUGUUAUACGUAACCAACAGCUCUACGAGUUACUGUUGUGAUCAAUGGGAAACUACUGAUUUUGCAAAACUCAAUGAGGAACGUGAGAACGCCUGUUUGGACAGAAUUCAGUUAGAUUUCAACGUUUAUGAUAUCAAUGAGGUACGUACGAAUACUUUCGAGAGCAUAAUAAAGUCACGCUUUCCGAAUCUUGACAAGUUCAUACGGAACGGUAAUGCUGUUUGGAUUGAGGACAUUUUGAAAGAAGCCACGAACGCGAAAAGUAAAGGCAUAUUCCACGAUUAUCUUAUUUUGGACAAAAAUCUCGUGAGAAAUCGCGGUUCUCCCACAAAAGCAGUUGUGGAGGAUGCCUGCCGCGUGAUAGGGGUACCAUAUACUACAGAAGGCUGUUUCUACAAGAUAGGCGAGCCAUUGCUGUGCUUGGAUGAUUUUGUUGCGGAACGUAAUUGUGUUCUUAUAUCGGAGGAUGGCGUUGAAAUCGAAUUUGUGCGGGAGUUACUGGAAAUGCAGUCAUCCUACUUUGGAGUGGCAUUCACCUAUCACAAGGGUGAUAUGCCAAAGCUGAAGCUCGCUGCUCCAGAACGCGUGAUUCGUUGCACUCUGUUGAGCAUAAUCAAUCCGAACUAUCUUCGCCGUAUACAGACCCAUGAGUUUCUUGACUUGUUCGCCUUUCUCGAUCAAUAUCUCUUGCACGCGGUGACUGCCGACGCUUUACGUGUAAUGUUUGAAAGAGUGAAUGAGUUCAAUGUGAGCAUCAUUUUUGACCUGUUCGAGUCGGUUCCGCAACUACGGCACCAAAUAGCGAAAUGCUUUCUCCAUAACUUACACCUGCUUACUUUCUGGCGGAAUUCCAUAGCAGCAUCAGUUGAGCUUAUUAGAGACGCUUUCGUUUGCAUGGAUAUAUUAAUGGGUGAUGAACGAACUGGCAGUGCUUCUAUGGAGUUUGUGAGCGUGCAACCGCCUAUCAUCCAUAUUCUCGAAGAUGAUCGUGAAGCUCAGUGGUACCUAUUCCGAACAGAGGACGUUACAGAAGUACUUCUUGGUGCUCACGGUCGAGAUUCAUCAGCAGAAGCAGCAAUGAUCGAGUACCUUGAGAACGAGUCUCGAAGCAAUGACUUAUUCCAGAGCUCACCAGCAGACGUAUCUAUGCCGAAGCUAGUGAUGAUCAUUCGCUCGCGAAUAAAUGAGCGUGAAUGCUUGAAAAGGUCGAAGCGGGACCGGAGGAAGAGUUCGCGACAAUCUGGCCCACAAGUAGAAGUGUUACCCACUUGUUCCAAGGAGGAGGAAGUGACAGUUUGUAACAUCGCUCUUUCUGAGAUUUGCAACACCGCUCCUUCUGAGGAAGUUAUGGAGCACAAUGAAAACCUACAAAUGGAGUGCUCCAUGAGUGACAAAGAAAAAAAUCAUGGAAGUUCUCCACCAGACCGAGACGGAGGUGAAGAGGUUAGAGAAGAAAACGAGUCAUCGUCAUCCACUAUGCGCUCAGCAUGGAAAAUACCAAUUCCUCCUUCCUCUCCUGUUUCAACAUCGUUUUUGCUGGAGGAGGCUAUGAUUUCUCCCAAGAAACGAAGUUCUGGCAAGUUCACUUCGAAGGGAGUAAAAUACCGUGAUGCAAGCAGCCUUCUUUGUGAAGCGAGACAAAACACACAUUUUGCACCCUGGGCUGGAAUAAAAUCUGAUGUGAUUUCUGUGCCGAUGGCUUCAAAGAAAGAGGCGAAAAUCGCAAGGCAAUCAAAAAGGACCGCACUUUCCUUUUCUGAACAAGAAACAGCCAAUUUGCAGCGCGUACCUGCACCGGACCGCAACUCUUGGAGUGAGUCUAACUUGCGGCUCCCACAUGUCGCCUCUCCGCAAAAACCCUCAUUAGCUGAGAUAAUCAAAGAGGAGGAACACCGGCUCAAGGAAGGAACCCGGCGCAUUUCGAGGCCGCUGUAUUUUAUCGAGGAUGAGGAGCACGCCAUAGAAGAACUGGCACAAUUGUACGUUCAGAAUGUCGGGGACGAGUGCUGCCUUAUUGCUAUCGUGAUCUGUGAUAAUCAAUGGUUUCAGGACGUUGCUUUCUGCAGAUUAGUCGAAUUGUGUGCGUAA